AAUGAAGGACCCGACUUCUACGUUGAGGUUGAGAAAGUCCCCGUACCAGAAGUUGGUCCCGAAGAUGUUCUGAUCAAGCUCAAUGCCACUGGCCUAUGCUUGAGCGAUAUCCAUUUCAUGCUCAACGAUUGGGGCACGGCUAAGAUGUCAGAUCUGGGAGUCAAGUGUGCCGGUCACGAAGGCGCAGGCGUCAUCGUCAAGGUCGGCGAAAGAGUCAAGAGUUACAAAGUCGGACAACGUGCGGGCAUCAAACCUAUCCUUGACGUUUGCCAUACCUGCGAGAACUGCAGAACGGGCAAGGAGACCUACUGUCUCGGAGCUAUCUACACCGGUGGCCAUACCGAUGGCUCGUAUAAGCAAUACAUUAUCAGUCCGGAACGCUACACGACAGGCGUCUCUGACUAUAUCGCCGGUCCGGUCAUGUGUUCUGCCUCCACCACCUACAGUGCCCUCAAGAGCUCACAGUUAAAACCCGGUGAUUGGGCGGUCUUCCCUGGAGGUGGUGGUGGUGUCGGCAUUCAAGGUGUGCAGCUUGCCGUUGCCAUGGGUAUGCGCCCAAUUGUGGUAGACACUGGCGAUGAGAGGCGAGAACUUGCCAAGAAACAUGGUGCUGAACACUUUGUCGACUUCAAGGAGGAAUCAGAUCCUGUCAAGAAGGUUGUUGAGCUGACUGAAGGUGGUGCACAUGGUGUUUUUGUUACAGCCGUCCAGUCGUAUCCGAUUGCUCUAGGCUACCUGGGACAUCGAGCUCAGGGAAAAGUCAUGUGCAUCGGUAUUCCUCCCGCCGGCAAAUUCAAUAUUGACCUGGCUCCUGCCUCAUUGAUCUUCCGGGGCCAGUCAAUCCAAGGUACACUGGUUAGCACCCUUGGAGAGAUUGACCAGACAUUGGAAUAUGCCCGAAGAGGCAAACUUACACUGGAGCCUACGGUUGUUGGCCUAAGUAAGUUCAACGAAUCGGUCCAGAAACUGAAAAACGGACAAGUCGCGGGGUAA